CUGUAAUUAGCUCUUCUGGUGGCGCCACCAUCUUGUUUCUAGAGAGGAGAAUCGUUCUCCUGGUUCAGAGUCGUGAUGGAAACCAGGUUCAAAUCAGAACAAAAUGCAGAUUAAAUCUGUUAUUAACAGCAGAAUAAAUUCAUGAAUGAAUGAAUUGAGUUUAAUGGGAGCUGAUCGGUUACUCUGAGCUCUGCUGGUGCUUCCUGGCGUUUUGGCUGGCUGUGGGGACUGAAGGGUUAACGGUGUGGGAGCAGGAGGAGCGUUGGAGCGCUGCCUGCCUCUCCGUUGCUCCUGCGGCUCCAGACCCGGCUCCGGCUCCAGAGGGACGGCAUGAUGCGGGUCGUCCUGUUCUGCUGCUGCCUUUCCUCUCUGCACCUCCUGCUCUGCGCCGCGCCGCUGACUGAGGGCGGCGCCGCCAUCAGUCUGCAGGGGUCGCCUCACAGCAACAGCCAUGCUGUCCUAAAGCGGAGGGGUCGACACAAACAGGACACUCUGACCCAAGUGGACCAUUCAAAGUCCGUUCUGGUGUCCAGAAAUGAGACAGGGUUCUGGAGCCGUCCCCGCUGUGGAGUCCCAGACUACCCCAGAGUAACGCCGCUCAACGGGUCAAAGCUCCUGAAGAGGAGCAGGAAGGAACGCGGCAAAAGAUUUGCUCUGUUUGGAGGAAGAUGGGACAAAACCGAGCUCACCUACCGGAUUGUUCGUUUUCCCUGGCAGAUGAGUGAAGACAAAGUUCGGCGCAUCCUGGAGGAGGCCUUUGGGGUUUGGGGCGCGGUCACUCCUCUGACGUUCAGAGAGGUCAUCGGCGAGAGAGCGGACAUCAUCAUUGACUUCAACAGGUACUGGCAUGGUGACGAUCUCCCGUUCGACGGUCCUGGAGGAAUUCUGGCCCACGCUUUUUUCCCUCGCACGCUUAAAGAGGGAGAGGUCCACUUUGACUACGACGAACACUGGACGGUCGGCAACGGCGUCGGUACCGACCUCCUGCAGGUGGCAGCCCAUGAGUUCGGCCAUGUUCUGGGCCUGCAGCACUCUCUGGAGCCCGAUGCAGUCAUGUGUCCCUUCUACAGCGACUCCUACCCUCUGAAGCUCAGUGAGGACGAUAAGAGGGGCAUCCAGUAUCUAUACGGACCGCCGCCGUACACGCCGCCUGACAUAACCGAGACCAAUGAGAUCGAACCUGAACUGCCGGACGCCUGCAGGACAAGCUUUGAUGCCGUGUCCAUGAUCAGGGGAGAGCUCUUCUUCUUCAGGUCUCGAUAUGUUUGGCGAAUCCGUGACAGGCGUCUGCAAGGCGGCUACCCGGCCUUGUCUUCGCGCCACUGGAGCGGUAUUCCUGACUACAUCGACGCAGCAUAUGAAGACAAGUCUGGGAACAUCUGGUUCUUCCAAGGCGACAGCUACUGGGUGUUUGACGCUGGGCGGAGGAUUUCUGGCCCAGACUCCCUGCAGCGGCUCGGCCUUCCUGUCACCGACAUCCAGGCGGCUCUGCGGUGGGAGGACGGCGGCUCGGAGAAGGUCUACCUCUUCAAGUCUUCGUUUUACUGGUCCUUCAGCAUCCAGGAGAACCGCGUCGGUGACCUCCAUCCGCGCAGCACGCACGAGUGGGCGGGACUUCCUGCACACGUCGACGCCGCCUUUCUGGACAGCUAUGGUUACCCCAACUUCCUGAGCGGGCUGUACUACUGGAAGUUGGACCCGGUGGCGCUGAAGGUGCUGGACGGAUACCCGCGCAGAAUCGGGACGGAUUUCUUCGGCUGCUCCGAAUCUGCAUAAAUACGUAAACUAAUUCGUAAACUGAGAACAAUCUGCUGCGUUAUUGUCGUUUCAUUAAACUCCUCACCUCGGGUAAAACAGGAACCAGACCCUCCCAGCUGCAGCCGGGUCCGGUUCUGAUCCGGUCCAGUUGUCCUGGUGCGAGGAGCCACAUCCACUGACAGCCAGUGUCGAUCAAAUGGUCGCUAAGUUUGAUUAUUAAAGGUGUUAUUUCAGGUCAGACCUCAGUCAUGGCAGAUGGUAGAGCUACAGACCUAGAACAGUUCUCACUCCUUCACUCAGAUCUAGGCUAGAUGUUCUUCCAUCUUUCACAGGAAGUUUAUUGUUACUCUUCAGUCCUAAAGGAGAGACAUUUUAUUUUUCUAUAUGCCAUUUGUUUUUAUAUUUAAAGUGUCUGAUCAGUGCAGGACGCUGACCAGUAAAACAUACUGGUGCUAAACCAGUUCUGGUGACUUUAUGUGCUUUAAACUGUAACAGGAAAACAUGAACUGGUCAAAAAACACCAGUCAGACUGAGGAUGUUUCCCUCCUGAAGGUCCGGUCGACCCGGUUCUACUGGAACCAGAACAUCUGCUCCACCUCCAGCUGCUGUGGUUCUGACCCAAACCAACCUG